AAGAGACCGAACCCAAGAAAUGUGAAAAAUCAAGAAAAGAUAAAAAGGCUAGAAUAUGCAAUUGAUUGGUAAGAAUUCAUUUAGACUAGAGAGAACUUUAUAAUAAUGCAUGUGGUGUAGCUUAAAGAGAGAGGAAGAAGAGUGGCGAAGAGCUACUAGGAAAUUGUACGAAUACCAUGCAAGAACUGUAGAUCAAAGUUCAAUAGACCUAACCAGUCAAUUCGACUCUGAGGGUGAUUAUUUAAAAGAAUUAGAGCAUUCACCUGCAAUUGUUGAAGAAGCGUUAAGACCUAUAGAAGUGCCACGUAUAAAUAAUGAUCUUGGAAAUAUUGGGUAUCAAAUCUGUCAUGCUCGACAAAUGCUACAUACGGCAGAUGUGUUUCAAAUGCGAGCCAAAGAAUCUCUUGAACGAGUCCAUCAUAUUGUUGGACAGAAGCUAAUUGCUACGACAAGUCGAAUAGCAUACGAAGAUUAUGAAGAAAAUACUAUACCAAGAUGCUUUGAAGACCCUGAAGAAAAGAUCAAGGAGAUUCGGAAUAAAGUUGGACAUAAACUGCUAUUAGCAUUAGUGAGCCAAAAACGAAAAGAAGUGAAGGAAAAUAAGCAGAACGACCUGAGUUAUGGUGAACAAAUGGAUGAAAGUUGGUCAUAAGAAAACAUAUGGCUUGUCUCAUGCAUUCCGCUUGAUCUACGUAUACCCAAAUAAAAAGAACUGUACUUUUGUUUACCUAACAAACUGGACGCUCUCUCUCUGUCCUGAGCCUUUUUUUCCGCUGAACAUAGCAAUAGCAAAAUAUUCAGAACGAUUAUCGAAUCAUCAGACGCUGUCACACUUGUAGCAAACCCAUCUCUCACUUUGAUAAUACUU